AUGGCAGGCACCAGAGAUAUCCCUUCCGGCUCUCUUGGAAACCUCAGUGCAUCACAGGAAGAGAAGCUGCGGGAUUUCUGGAAGAUCCUGUUACAAUCAUGGGAUACGAGUACCGCCAGCGCUGAUGCUGCUGCCAAAUCAUCGGUGGCCUCUGCUAGCACAGCGAAAUCGCAUCGAAGAUUUUUCACUGUGGGCCGAUCGCAAACCACGGCGGAAGACGAAACGUCCGCAAUUCCUCCGAAGAUGCUUUCCACUCUCAAAGGCUUGGGUGCGGGCUCUAAUGAAAUCAAAGCGGUCCAAUCGCUUCUGGCCAAGCUACAUGGCGACAAGCUCAGCGCAGCCUAUCUGAACAUGCUCAAACAAGAUCAGCCUGAUGCACUCCUCCUGCGUUACCUGCGUGCAGAGAAAUGGAACGUCCCCAAAGCAUGGAUCAAGUUCGUCAAAACCCUCAACUGGCGAGUCAAUGAAUUCCACGUCGAUGAAGAGGUCCUUCAAAAAGGCGAAGAGGAUGCGUUAUGUCAAUCACGAAAGGUAGAGGACUCCGUGGAGAAGAAAAACGGCGAGAGCUUUGUGCUUCAGCUUCGCACAGGCAAAGGCCACUUCCACGGUGUUGAUAAAUUCGGCCGCCCCAUUUGUGUCAUACGGGUGCGACUCCACAACCCACAUGAACAGACAACAAAGGCCUUGAACGACUACGUCGUCCAUUGCAUUGAAACUGUCCGUAUAAUGCUGGUUCCUCCUGUGGAAACAAUAGACUUUCCUCCCAUCAAAUUCAUCAUCGAAAAUUUCCAAGAGAACUAUCCUGAAUCACUGGGAGCAUUAAUUUUCUACAACGCGCCAUGGAUCUUCUCUGGUCUGUCUACCAUCCGAAUCCGAUACUUGUCUCGCUAUGAUUUUUGUGCUAGAGCUAACUUUAUCCUGCUCAAUACAGGAUUCUGGAAAAUCAUUCGUACCAUCCUGGAUCCGGUCGUCGCUGCCAAGGUCCACUUUCUCAGCGGUGCUAAGGGUUUGGAGCAACUGAUUCCAAGAGAGCACAUUAUCAAAGAACUUGGUGGUGACGAGGAUUGGGAAUAUGACUACAUUGAGCCUAGGCCGCAUGAAAAUGACAAGCUACAUGAUACUGAGACAAGAAACGCCAUUCUUGCGGACCGGAAGAAGCUUGGCGAUGAUCUGUUCAGUCUCACCUCUGAGUGGAUCUCAAAUCCUCAAGUUGAUUCUUUGAUUAGCUGCCGAAGUGAGGUGAUCGCGCAGCUGCGCGACAACUAUUGGACACUUGACCCCUAUGUCCGCGCUCGUACCAUCCUGGAUCGAACUGGGGUGAUCAAGGGACGAGGAAAGGUUGACUUCUACCCGGCCGCGGAGGCCCCGAUCCAGCCCAGCGAGGAACCGAAGGUGAUGGUGGAGCAUGUGGAUGACACGCGAUUGACGGCAGUAGACGCGUGA